GGGAGCUUUAUAUUCGAGGCCUUGCCUCUUCUUGCCUUGCAUGUUCACCAACACUUUCUAGACUCCACCCAUACACAACUUGCCAACCUACCGAAACUCAGGAUAGACAGCUACCCUCGCAAAGCUUGUCUCACAUACAAAACACAUCCUCUUUACAACACACCGCAGUGACAAUGUUGAUCAAGGUCCGAACUCUGACAGGGAAGGAGAUCGAACUCGACAUCGAGCCAGACUAUCGAGUUGCGCAGAUUAAGGAAAAGGUCGAGGAGAAAGAAGGCAUCCCACCAGUGCAACAACGCUUAAUCUACGGCGGAAAGCAGAUGUCCGACGAGAAGACUGCAACCGACUAUGCCCUCGAGGGCGGAGCUACACUACAUUUGGUCCUUGCGCUUCGUGGCGGUUCUUUCUGAAUCUCUCCUACAUG